UCCUCGGUAGGCUACACUACACAACACACGACGCGGAAGUUAGAUAUGUUUUUUCUGCUCCAGGACGGUCAGAGUAUUUCCUUGAGGCAUUAUGUCGCCCACCGUAAAGAGCCUAAAAGUUACCUAUAACCCUAUUAAUGAGGAAAACACGUUUACGAGUGGCGACGUCGUUUCGGGUCAGGUCACGCUUGAAAUGGCCAAAGACUGCCAAAUUGCAUCCCUGCUGAUUAAAUUCAAGGGGAAGGCACAGGUGUUGUGGACCGAGAGGUACGGACAAACUACUGUUGUUUACCACGCCAAGGACAAGUACUUCAGCAUCAAACAGUACAUCAUACACGACAAAGAUCUCACAGGAGAUAACCAAACACUACUGGCAAACCAGAAUGGAGAAACAUGGAGCAAUGUUGUUUCCCCAGGAUGCCAUGUUUACCCAUUCACCUUUCAGAUCCCUUUUCAGGUUAUGCCCUCCUCCUUCGAUAGCAGUAUAGGUAAAAUCGUGUACUUGCUGGAAACCAAGCUGAGCAGAUCAAUGAGAGUCCCUCAGAAAGAUUCAACAAAGAUCAACUUUGUGACAAAGGAAGAUCUGAGAAGUUACCCUGAGCUAAUGAUGCCACAGCACGAUUCUAAGGACAAGAAAAUGAAAUUUUUCAACUCAGGAACAGUAGCCAUGGAUGUGAAACUUGAAAAAACUGGUUUCUUCCAAGGAGAAGGAUUGAAGGUUCUGGCCUUCAUCCAGAACAACUUGUCUCGCCAGAUCAGGCCCAAGUACUGUGUGUACAAAAAGCACAGCUUCUUUGCACGGGGGAAAAGAAAAGUAUGGACUUUGGACCUCUUCAAAGAGGUGGGAGAGCCCAUCGCACCUUUUACUAAAGAAAAUGUCAUAAAAGUCCUCCCGGUUCCAUUUGAUUCAGAGCCCUCAAUCAUCAACUGCAGCAUCAUCAAAGUGGAGUACAGACUCAGGGUCUACCUCGAUGUCAAAUAUGCUUCAGACCCAGAGAUCAAAUUUCCCAUUGUCAUCCUGCCAGCGUCUCAGGUUCCUGCUGGGGUGGCACCACCACCGGCUGCUUCUGGGUUUGGAUUCGAACCAUUUGGGAUCCCAAACCCACCAGCCUGGGGGCUUGUGCCACCACAACCACCAGCAGGAGCACCCCACCCUUCAGAUCCCCCUCCUCCCUAUGGAGCAUAUGGGAUGGACCCUCCUUUGACGGAUUUCGGCAAUAAAUACUAGUGUGAAAAUACUUUUAAGGACAAUAAAUAAAAAUGUUGUU